GUAAAAAUUACGCAAGUAGGUCAUCCGCCGUCGUCGCCGUGGGCUUGUACCAUUUUAUAACAUAGGAUAGGCCCAAUACUAAUCUAAUACAAAACAAUAAUAAUUUUGUUUUGCGUAGAUCUACUAUUCACGAUAUUUCAUGCAAAAGAGCAUUAGCUGAGCCAAUCGCAAGUGCUAUGUGUCAUGUGGUAUUGUUGACAUUUUCACCACAGCUGGUGCCCGCGCUACUCGAGAGGGAAAGAAGAUGACUGACCGUGAUCCUCUCAUCAAUCGGACCAACCCAGUGUCUGAAGGAGGCUUUUUCGAUGGACUUCUUCGUCCUUGUCUCGCUGAAUUGGUUGGCGUCACUCUGUUCGUCUUCAUUGGAACUAUGUCGGUGAAUGGCAACGACACUCUCGGUAUUGCCUUGGCACAUGGGCUGGCCAUAGCAUUGUUAGUGAUGUCUACUGCUUCCAUCAGUGGCGGCCAUCUGAACCCUGCUGUCACCCUCGGCGUGUUCCUGUCUGGCUCCAUCGCGCCGCUGACUGCUCUACUCUACUUCAUUUCGCAGCUUUUAGGUGGGAUCCUUGGUUCUGCACUCACAAGGGGUGUUCUGAGCCAGCACACGUUCACCAACAUCAGCGGCGGUGCUACCACCCUUGGCCCCACAACCUCGGCGGCCCAGGGCCUGCUAUGUGAGGUCGUGCUGACCUCUGUGCUGGUCAGUGUCGUCCUUCUGGCUGCUGUUGACGAGGACACCAAAAAUCUCCUCGGCCCACUCGGUAUCGGAUUCGCCGUGGUUGUCGACAUCCUGGCUGGAGCAUCAGUCUCCGGAGCCUCCAUGAACCCAGCCCGUAGUUUCGGCCCAGCUGUCGUUGUGUCUGUUUACGACUCGGACGUCUGGUCGUACCACUACAUCUACUGGGUCGGGCCUGCCCUUGGCUCUCUGCUGGCUGUCAUCUGGUACAGACUGUUCUUGGCUGGACCCCAUAAACGUCUUAUUGCUGUGGACUGAGCACAAAUGUGCUGAGUCUGCAUCUACAGUGCUGGAUGGAGCCCUGCAAUCAACACCGGCUGCAGUCUGUGUCUCAUUUCAGCCUAUGGAAAACAGGGGGUUCAGAGAGAUGGAGUUUUUAUGAACUAUUGUAUUGUAAUGGUAUAUCACAAGUUUCGGUUUCAAUGAAGUUUUUUCCUCUUUCAUUUUUUCUUUCGAAAUUCAAAAAGUUUGGUACUUUUGAUACUGUUCAUAGCCAUGUUCUAUAAUUCAGGAAACACAUUUUGAAAUGUUCUAUGCUGAUGACACAAUUAUUAGUUUAAUUACUUGAGUCUUGAUUUAUUGAAGUAGAACAGCUUUCUUUCAAAGAGAAAGGUGUUACAACAUGACACUUAUAGUAACUCAAUUGACCUUGUUCCCAUUACCUAUUAUCAAUCUGAAGUGAAGAUAUUUUGAAAUUUUUGACUUGAAGAGAUGUAUUACAAAUUGACCUCAAUGGGACCAGCCUGUUGUAGUAUGUGAUAUCAUGUCAGAUUGUACUCAGUGUGUGAGGCUAGAAUUCUAUAGUGUGAAUGGUUUUGUUUUUUCUCUCCCCUUAUUUUGGUAUUUAGAACUACACAGCUGUGACAUUGUGAUUAGGUAUGGGUGAAAGAUUGCAGGUAGGACAUAGCCUUCAGGGAUUGUGUUCUAAAUGCUUCCUCCUCUGUAAUUAUUGUACUUGCCACGGUUGCAUACAACAGCUGGUCGUGUAUGUGUUUUGAGGUUCUUUCCUUGUGUCAUGUGUAUUGAUUAUAAUGUAUCCCAUACUCUGUGUACUAGUCUAGUAAUGAAAGCUUUCAGAAACGUUCUCUUGAAUUUCUUGAAUAAAUAAGUCAACGAUUCCUGUAUUGUAGGAUCAAUUUCUGGAUGAUACAAGCUUAUCUGUCACCUUUGAUCUGUAGAUUUGAUGUUAACAGGUUUUAUGAGAGUGUUUGUUUGUGGAAAUGGUUGACAUCAUUCUGAAUUUCCAGUCUCUUUUUGUCAUUACCAGUGUUUUCCACAGAUAAUGUUUAUGUGUAUUUAAUAUCUGGCUUUGUUAUGUCUCAUUUUGUGUUCUGCCAUACAAAAGAAGUCCUGCUCAUAGUAAAUUUUUAUAUUUGUAUAUACUCAAUAUAAAGGACAGUAGCGUCCACUCUUGUCUGUGCACUGAACAGUGCUUUCAACUCUUCUGUAUUCUUUCUAGUGGUGUUGAUAGGUAGCCUAGUAGUUAGGCUACCGGACCCAUAAUCGCGAGAUUGUGGGUUCGGGGUUUGAGCCUCAGCUCGGUCCGAC